AUGUUGUCGACCUGCGAAGGAGCUGGGGAGGCGGAGGUGGAGGCGGAGGUCCCGGGGCGUGGAGCGGAGUCAGGGAGUCACGGUAACGGCCUCAGAGGUGCUCAGGUCGGCGCAGAGAGACGGCAGCAGCACGGCGUCCAGCAGUGGUCCGACGGAUCCACAUAUGACGGAGAACUUUUAAAUGGGCUUAAACACGGCAAAGGAAGGUACACCUGGAGCAACGGAGAGUACUAUGAAGGCUCGUUCUACAAAGACUACAGGCAUGGUGAUGGAAUGUACAGCUGGCCAACUGGCCAUAAGUUUAUUGGCAAGUUCUACCUCAACAGGAAAGAAGGGUAUGGACGACAGCUGUUCCCUAAUGGAGCUGACUUUCAGGGUCUGUACCAUGCAGACCAGAGGCUUGGGCCUGGGGUAGUUACGUAUCCUGAUGGGCGUCAAGAUGUGGGUCUGUGGCACAGGGAGCAACUAAUAAAGCUCUGUACCACUGUUGAAGAUGGUUUUAGCCUGGAGAAUUUUCCUGAGUAUGCUGCUUAUGUGGACCCUGCUGCCAAUGCAGAUGAUCUGACUCAGCCUCCUUCCUAUCCAAGUGGCCUACAGACUGUAAAAUCCUCUGAGGUGGAUACUGUCCUGUUGUCAGAUGACAAUUUUAUCCUUCCCCCUGGAAUUGAGGGUUACUCAACUGAUGGCGACCACUUGCCGCUGCCUCCUGGACGUAGAAAAGAAUUGGAUCGACUAUUUUAUGGCGAUCUGUGGGAGCCAGAUAUUUCUCCUUACCAAGGGUUUGAGAGGGACCCAUUGUCCACUCUGCCCCUACAGGCUCGCAUGCAGGCUCUCAUACACAAGCACAGACUGCAGGUUUGCAGUGUGGGCUGGGAUGUGGCAGCUGUUCUGUCUCUGAACCGCGACGGCUUCAGUCCUAAAGGGCCUUUGGAAAUCAGCUCAGAGCUCUUGAUCCAGCAGGCCUCUAGAGGAGAACAACCGGCUGUUUUGCAGAUCUUACAGAGCGGUUUGGUGCACCCUGAUGUAGCAGAUUCCCAGGGACACACAGCACUGAUUGCUGCCACAGUUAAUUGCCAUGAUGAUGUAAUCCAGCUGCUGUUGGAUAUGGGUGCAGACAUUGACCAGCUGAACUGUGAUGGCAUGUCUGCCCUGGCUGUGUGCCACCUUCUUUACUACCCUUUUCAGUCUCUUCACACCACUCUGGUUGAGCCACUAGCCAAAACACAACUCUUGAGGUCACAGGUAAUGUGUACGAGCAGUCCCCAUAUUGGCUCAAUGGACUUCACUCCAGACACACCAAGACCUCAGACCAAUGACACAGUCCUGAGCAGCCAGAACAACCACAACCACCUCUCUAAUGGGACAACAGAAGAUCUUACAGAACAAAGGUCACAUCACAGCGGUAAAGUGUCCCGUAACAGUGAGCUCAUUACUGAGCAGCAGGGCACCGACCUGAAUGAACCUGAGACCCCAGUGGACACUAAACACCUUAAACAGCAGGAAACUGAGGAGAAAGGACGAGAAGACGAAGCGAGAGGCUGCAAGAAAAGUGAUAGCAAUGGAAACAUUGGAAAGAAUGAAGAAAGUAGCUGUAAGAAGAAUAUGGAGAACAAAGGGGAGGGAUUACAGAUGAAAGAGGGGUUUCAGUUUAGUGAAGAAGCUGAGAAAGAUGUAGAGGAGAUACCUGAAGAUUUUCAUGAGAGGGAUGUAGGGCAGAAAGAGGAGGGCAGUAGGAGACAGAAAAUUGGUGGGGUUGAGCGCUCCAUUCAGGUGAUGGAUGGUCACAUUCCAUUGGGCAGCGUGCAGUGGAAGGAGUAUGGUGUUAAGGUAAAAAACAAAGAAUCUCAAAAGGCAGGCUUUGGCUCUGCACGGUCCAUCAACAGUUACAAUAUUCAUGUCACAGAGGAAGUGCUGCAGCGCUCAGCAGAAGCCUUGAGUCACACAGGGAUUCUUCAGCACUCCGACACACAAGAGACUGCACGCAAAAUGGCUGCCAUGAAAAUUGAGCAUCGUAUUCGGUUGACAACGCUGCAUCUCUUAUUAUCACGGGGAGCUGACCCUAACGUAUCCAGGAUCCCAAUGCCUGUGAUCUUUUUGGCCAUCAUGGCGGCCGACGCUGAGGCCGUCCGCAGGCUUCUGCUGUGUGGAGCACGCACUGACAUCCCUCUUCUGCACAAGAUGAAAGGUGUGUAUCCUUUGCAUGUAGCUGCAGCUCUUCCAGGUCCAGUAGGUCCCAGAAUCACAGAGCUGCUGCUGCACGCGCUCGCUGAUCCAGAUGCACGGGCAUGUGACCAGGAUGAGAUCUAUGAGCAGGAUAAGGUGCAUGUUUUCUCUGACAAAUAAUUACAGUUCAUUUUAGUAUUUGGAACUGGAAAAGAGGGAGGCAGAACAGCCCUGCAUGUGGCCUCCCAGAGGGACGGCGACUACCUUAAUGCAGGUAAAGUCACAGCCCUCCUUGUGUCACACAGAGCCAGGACAGAUCUCCUCUGGAGUGGACACUCACCGCUCUCCCUGGCUAUAGCAAGUGGAAAUGAACUGGCAGUGGAGGAGCUGUUGAAAGGAGGUGCAGAUCCCAACAUCCUCCUGGGUAACACAGUGGGCUCCGCACUCUGUGCUCUUGCCAAUAUCAACUACCAUUUAUGUGGCGACAGAGUUAAACUGUUGGACAUGUUAGCCAAAGCUGGUGCCGAUAUCACGAUGCCAGUUACUGUGGGAGAUUUUGAGGGAACUGCAGUCGACUACGCACAUUAUUCCUUCAAUCAGGACUCACAUAUUGCCAACACGCCCUUCCAUGCUCUGAACAUGCGGGAGAGAGAAACAUUCAAAACACGGCGCAAACUCCUUGGCAUGAUGGGAAAUUUACUGAGACAAACAGCCAUUCAGCGGGAGAGAGGAAAACACCUUACAGCUGAUAGUGCCAGUUCCCAAAAAGGACCCAUACACAGUGAUGAGAGGAUGCACCAGUUUAAGUUCUGCUACCACUGUGGUCGUUCUGUAUCUGUGAAGCUGACUGAAUGCAGCCGCUGCCACAAGGUCUUCUUCUGCUCCAGGACUUGUAAACUGAAGGCUUGGAAUGGAGGACACAAAGAGGAGUGUUCCCAGGUGUCAGGUAGGACUCAGGACUUCUCGUUUGAACAGUUACUAUCCAGCAAACCCAACAAGCACCAGCCCCCCCAAACCCCACCCCACGAACAAGGAAGGUCAGACCAGAUGAAGCACUUCAGUGUUGUGAACACUGCUGAUGGCAUCCAGAAGAGAGUUGUGUUUAAAUCCCAAAAGCCCUUGGGUGUCCUGUUAAAACCCAAAACAGUCCCUGAGCUUCUGAGUGUCAAGAUGAAACCUCAUAUGGAUCCCAAGCUCUUAAACGUGGCAGAGAACGUCUUGGAGAGCCAAGUCAACACGAAGGAAAACUACAGCUUCAUCUGA